AUGAAGCGGCGCAAAGACCGUGGCGGCGAUGGAAACGGAGUCAUGGAUCGAGAACGGGAGAACGGAGAUGUCACUUGGGAACACAUCGAGGACGCCAUAUUGCAUCCAUCAUCGGCAACGUUCAACUGGCAAAAAGCUUUGUUGGGUUACUUACGAAACCGGAAAGAUGAUCCGAGCGCACGUUCCGAAAUUCAACAUCGUGUGAAUUUCAAUGUUCUCUCACAAUUGAUGGUAUCCUACAAUGCCACGACUUCAUUGAAAGACCGUUUGACUUUCGACUCUCUGGUUUUGCUUGAGAAUUCCUAUGAAAUCAACUUAAGCAUACUUUCUCCUUUGGUAUGGGGUGAAAAAUCGGCUGAGAUCUACAAGACUCGGGGACAGUUUGGAGUGACAUUGAAUCGUACCACACCGGAAGAGAUCCUCGGUUCCUUGGAUGGAUUGCGAAUGUGGAAGACAGUGUUAAGUCACACUCGACCUCAGCGAGAAGCAGAUGGUGAAGGCGGGUCCGCUCUGUAUGAUGUACGGUUCCUUUUGAGACUAUUUCUUAGUCUGAUGUAUGCAGGAUCCGAGCUCAAAUAUCGGGCAUUCGUUGAGCAAAAUGGUCUAUCGUUAGCGUUUUCGUGUACGUCCUCAAAAAAUCUCAUGGUUCGCAAACUUGCUUAUUGCGUGCUGCAAAGAUUUCUCUCGCUAAUGCAGGAACUGGACGUGGAAACUGCUGACGAUCGAUACAAGUUUCUAUAUAUCUAUCUUCUACGGAUUUUCAAACAAAGUAUUGAAAGCGAUGCUCCGCGACUGCCUCAUCUCAUUUCACAUUUUUUUGCUCGUGUGUCGAAGCUGAUUUUACAUCCGGAAUCGCCAGCCUUCACUGCUGUCCUUUCCUUCCUUAGUUUGAAGCCAGUAAUCGAUCUGAACAAUGUGCCAGAACUUUACAAGCUGCUUUUGAGUACCUCGACUGAGCACUAUAAACAAGAACGAGAAUGGAUACUUACGCUCAUUUCGGAAGGUCUUUUAGAACCCAUGGAUUACAAUAUCUUGCAGAACCGAUCUGGGGUCAAGCUACUGCUAUCUUUGUUCACGACAUGCAUGGUUGACAUGGUCACUCGCCGUUUGAUUCUCAAUGCUUUAAAAGCUGCUGUGCAAAUGCGGUCCGCUGCGCACGAUCUCUUCAGCAGGAUGAACCUGCAUUCCUGGAUCGCUUCUGUCAUUGACAAUCGACUACUCAGUAACUGGGAACAGUGCUACUUGGGUCAAAUCUAUUCUAUUCUUAUCGCGAACGAGCGUAAACAUCAACGGCAGCUUCCAUUGGAUUCAGCAGAGUACAAAAAUAAAAUAGCGUUGGCUAGUGUGAGAGUCACUGCUCAAAAGGUUCUAUCAGUUUUGGACUCAAUUAAAAACAAUUCGUCCGCAGUGGAGAACAUUCAUUCCAUAAAAGCAACGAUGAAUGCUAAAUGGCGACCAAAAAAGAAAAGGGAGGUUGCCGCGAAAGAUGUCGAAGAGUGAAGUAGGCACAUUUAUGGAUCAAAGAGUCCGCUUUGUUAUGCGAUGUUGUUAAUGUUAUUGUUACUUGAACUGUGAAUUUUUCUUGUCAUUGAUGCAUUUGAUUGUUGAAAUAAAUUGAGUUGAACAAAC